GAAUCACUAGAGCUACCAUGAAAGCGAUCGUUGUUGAGGAAUACGGUGCCAUUGACGCCCUCAAAGCCAAGGAAGUCCCGGACCCAGGGGAACCCAAGGGUCGCGAUUUAUUAAUUAGGGUCGAAGCAUGCUCCGUGAAUCCCAUUGACAUGAAGGUCCGGGCUGGGAAAUACGACGACUAUCCAGGUAUGUAUAUACAUGUCUCUGUCGGCAGCACAGCGACAAGAUCUCGGCUCCUAUAACAUUAGUACGAAUUACUACGAUAAGGUUCCCCGUCCAUAUCAAAUCCUCGGCUACGACGGCGCAGGGACAGUCCUAAAAGCCGGUCCGGAAAGCACCAUCUUCCGACCCGGCGAUGAAGUCUUCUACUCAGGCAGCCCAAUUCGACAAGGUUCGAAUGCCGAGCUUCAACUAGUCGAUGAGCGCUCAGUCGGACAUAAGCCUCGGAACUUGGACAUGGCCGAAGCAGCCGCAAUGCCGCUCACGUAUGUCACCGCGUACCAGGCACUCGUUGAGCAACUGAAGAUCGAGAAGGGGGAGAAGGCAGCUCUGUUUAUCAUCAACGGCGCUGGUGGUGUGGGGGCUGUUGCGAGCCAGAUAGCGAGACACGUUCUUGAACUACCGGUUGUGAUUACAACAGCGUCGCGGCCCGAGAGCGUGGAGUUCACCAAGAAAAUGGGCGCAACUCAUGUCGUUAACCACAGGGAGGACGUGGUGAAGCAGAUCCAAGAUCUCAACCUCGAUGUUCCGCUGAAGUAUAUCUUCAUCACCCACUCGACCGACCAAUACAUGGAUGUCUGUGCCAAAGUCGCCGUGCCAUUCGGCGAAGUCUGUUCGAUUGUGCAAGGGCAGGCAAAGAUGUACGGCACCGAGUUUAUGGCGAAGUCUUUGAGCUUUAUAUGGUGUCUUAUCGGGACCAAUCCAGUUUAUGGUGUCAACGUGGAGUCUCACCAUCAGAUCUUGGAAGAGUUAAGGCAGUUCUUGGAAUCAGGCAAGAUUUCUUGUCAUUUGACGCAGCGACUUCCGUUGACAUUGAAUGGUCUUCGAGAAGCACACCGGGGCAUUGAAUCUGGGGGGAGCAUUGGGAAGGCUACUGUGGUCAUCGAUACUAAGAGCAAUGAUGACGCCUUCCGUUAA